CGCUUCGGACAGAAUCACAACCAGUUUUCUGUGUUCGAAAACCUUUGUUUGGUAAUAAAGCUUCAAGAACGCACACAGACCAGAGGAGGAGGAGGAAAAAAAAUGGCGAACUCCUUAUGCUUCUCUCCUACUUGUUCCCUCCAAUCUCCAAAAAACCCAGGGUUAGCAAUCGAUAGAUCCUUGGCCCGGAAGGUUGUUUUUGUCAGAGAUGUGUUGCGGAACUCAAGAACAAGAACUGCGAAAACCCAAUCUUUCGAAGUUAAGGCGAUGGAUAAUAACCAAAGCACCAAGAAGAACAGUAUUCUUUGCCCAGAUUGUGAGGGUAACGGUGCUGUGGCAUGUUCUCAAUGUAAAGGAAGUGGUGUUAAUUCCGUGGAUCACUUCAACGGGCAAUUCAAAGCCGGUGCAAUAUGUUGGCUCUGCAGGGGUAAACGGGAAAUUCUGUGCGGAAACUGCAACGGAGCUGGCUUCAUGGGCGGAUUCUUGAGCACAUUCGAUGAGUAGAAGCUUCAGGAAAGCGGAUCCAGUCAUGUUUCAUCGGUCUGUUGUCUCCUUACAAGAUCAUUCAUGAACAUAUUGGAACCAAAACCAAAUUAUUUAGCUAUUGUCCUUUGUAAGUUACUGGAAAAGCCUUGGAAAUUUUGCCCCCAGUUUA